AUGUCGGACACACCCAACUCCAGCGACGACAACCGUGCAGCACGAGUUGUUGCGGGACAUCUCCCUUCGGGGUAUACCGCUGACUUCGAUGGCGUGCAUGCCGACGAUGAUGAUGCAGCAAGAGGACCCGGAGAGCCUGAGCCGGAAUCGUCUCUCAAACUGCAAGGCGGCGACAUACACCGCGAUUUGUACAAAAUCCAAAAUCGGAACAGAUUGCAGAGAGCUGCUACCUUUUCCCAUCCAAAUGACAACCCCACAAUGGAGAACGAGACAUCAGUUUCCGAGCAACUUGUCCCAGGUGGCUUCCGGCGGGAGUUCGUCCGCAAGAAGUACGGUCGUUUCAACCCCGCAGUCAUUCCCGUCACCAGGAAUUUCGUCGAAUUUCUCUCUCUCUACGGAGCCUUCGCUGGUGAGGAUUUGGAAGAUUCGGAGGAUGAAUCAGCGCUCGAAGAUGAAGAAGAGCCUUCAGAGACAAGACCUUUGCUCCGGCGACGGACUACCGUGGCUAACAAGGGAGAUGCCGGUACGACGAAGACCUUCUUCACCUUGCUCAAGGCAUUUAUCGGUACUGGAAUCAUGUUCUUGCCCAAGGCCUUCAACAAUGGCGGCAUCCUGUUCUCCUCGAUGACACUGUUGACAGUUUCACUUGUCACGACCUGGGCAUUCCAUCUCUUACUGCAAUGUCGGCAAAUCCACAAAAAGAGCGGCUAUGGUGAGCUUGGUGACGUGAUUGGCGGGCCCAGAAUGAGAGCUAUCAUCCUCGGAUCAGUCACAAUCUCGCAACUCGGGUUCGUCUGUGCCGGGACAGUCUUCGUCGCGCAAAAUCUGUAUUCAUUCGAAGUCGCAGUCUCCAAAGGUCUGGCUCCCGUAUCGACCAAUGUCUUGAUCGCUCUCCAGCUCAUCGCUUUGAUCCCACUUGCAUUCAUCCGCAAUAUCUCGAAGCUUGGUCCCGCGGCAUUGGUGGCCGAUGUCUUCAUACUGCUCGGUCUAGCUUACAUUUACUACUACGACAUUUCCAGCCUAGCCGAUCUCGGACUCAACCCAACCGUGCAAUUGUUCAACCCUCAGCAUUACACUCUUACGAUCGGGUCAGCCAUAUUCACUUUUGAGGGCAUCGGUCUCAUCCUCCCAAUUCAGUCGUCCAUGCGCGAACCCGAAAAGUUCGAGCCACUUCUCUGGGUCAUAAUGCUCAUCAUCACUGUCAUCUUCACCUCUAUAGGAGCACUUUGCUAUGCGACGUUUGGCUCAGACACCAAGAUUGAAGUCAUCUCCAACUUACCACAGGGGAGCAGACUUGUCAACGCAGUCCAACUUCUGUACGCAUUGGCCGUUAUGGCCGGCACACCAGUCCAGCUAUUUCCAGCCCUUCGAAUUCUUGAGGGCAAGAUAUUUGGCCAUCGUUCUGGCAAACGGAACGCAUCCAUCAAAUGGAAGAAGAAUGGGUUCAGGACGGUCCUCAUUGUUCUGUGUGCCUUGGUGGCAAUGUUGGCAUCGAGCAACCUUGACAUCGCCGUGAGUUUAAUUGGCAGUCUGGCUUGCGUACCACUUGUGUACAUAUAUCCGCCACUCUUGCACUACAAAGGAGUGGCAAAGUCAAAAUGGGCCAAGGCUGGAGAUGUUGUGUUGAUGACAGUGGGCGUUGUUUGUAUGAUUUACACAGCUAUCAUCACUAUCGUGACCAGCUUCAUGCGGUAA